GAAUUAGCUUCCCUUGAUCAAGAAAAGCAGCCUGAUCUAGAGCCUGGGCAGCCUCAGCUUUCUCCUGGAAUUUCGACAAUUAAUCUGCAUCCACAGUUUCCAGAAAUCAACGAAUGUACAGUUAAUCCUGAUAUCUGUGGAGCAGGACACUGUGUUAAUUUGCCUGUGGGAUACACUUGCAUCUGCUACGAGGGAUACAAACUUAACGACCAGCAGACAAAGUGCUCUGAUAUUAACGAGUGUAACCAGGCACCCCAUCUCUGUUCCCUUGGACGCUGUGAAAAUACAGAAGGAAGUUUCCUAUGUAUUUGCCAAGCUGGAUUCAUGGCCAGUGAAGACGGAACCGACUGUGUUGAUUUUGAUGAAUGUUCAAGACCUCAUACUUGCGGGGAAGGCUUUUGUAUAAAUACUCUUGGCUCAUACAAAUGUGAAUAUUGCGAUAGUGGAUACCAGAUGAACAGGAGAGGUGAAUGUGAAGACAUUGAUGAAUGCCUGACUCCAGCUACUUGUCCAGAUGCACAGUGCGUUAACGCUCCUGGCUCUUACCAGUGCAUUCCUUGCAGAGUAGGAUUCAGAGGCUGGAAUGGACAGUGCCAUGAUAUAGAUGAAUGCCAGUACGGCAAUCUCUGCACACAUGGACGUUGUGAAAACAUGGAGGGGUCUUUCAGAUGUGUCUGUGGCCAAGGUUUCAAACUCUCUGCAUCAGCAGAUCAGUGCGAAGAUAUAGACGAAUGCCAGCACCGAUCACUCUGUACGAAUGGGCGCUGUAGGAACACAGAAGGGUCUUUCCAGUGUAUUUGUAGCCAAGGCUACACGUUGUCAUCUACUGGAGAGCAGUGUGAAG